AUGCAGAAACUUCCUCCCCUCGCCUUCCCGCCUCCCUCUACUGACGUCCUCCCAGCAGCCCCUCAGUGGCGGCAGGCGAACCAAACCCUUGCUUCCCCCCCUCCCUUGCAAACAGACGCUGACCUCGUUGGCACCUACUGGAUGCGAGCGCGCUUGGGCGCAUGGCACACGGUGUCAGCAAUUGUAGCCGAAGCAACAGUGAAGAAGAAGCAUCACGCAGCGCAUGUCGUUUCCAUUCGCCUCUGCGUCUGCCCUACGAGAAUAGAAAAACACCAGACAGCAGCAGCAGAAUGUGGAUGCAAAAACUUGGGCCGCGAAAAGUCGUUAUACACAGGGAUACAUAAAGAUGAAAAGACCACGUUUAAAAGACUGAACACGCACGUGGGUACGGUGCGCACUUGCGUUGCUCUUCCUUCCCCACCACCUUCCGAAGAGGCGGAAAAUGCAAUGCUGAAGAAGAGAAGGGUGGUGAGAGCGGCGGUGGAGGCAGACAUUGAGGCGGAAGAGGAGAAUGAAGAAAGCAACCCUCCUCCACCACUCUCUCUCUCUUUCCGUCUCGCCUCGCCUCACCUCCACCCCAUCGUUCGCCGCUUGCUUUUUACUUCCUCUCUUUCAGUCAUGUUACUGCACACAUUCCAGGAGACUCGCGCGGCUGUCCUCUUUGAUGUUUUUAACAGUUGCGAGCGCACUUACCUCCAAGGCAAGGCUGGGGGCGGCCCAUCAAUAAACUUUAUCACGUUUUACUCUUUCUUUCCUUAUUGCCCUACUUGA